GGAGGGAGAAUAAAUGAAAACAAACUUUUUUUGUAUAUAAUUCCAGGACUAAACUAUUGACAAGUGUAAAGGAGGUUGGCUGUGGGGGUUUCAAUUGCCUCUUGGUAGACAAUAUUGCUACAGUCCGCCAACUUAUUUGUUUGCUUGUGUGCUAAGUAAUUUGAGAGACUCGGUUUGACUCUGCGUGCCUAACAAUUCCAGUCGUGGUUGAGAUCCACUUCCAGGUUUUGCGGCGGGCCGUGAAUGUGUGUGAGAGUGUGUGCGAGGGGCAACAGCGCGGCGUGAACGCAGCAGUGGGAAGCAGAAAGACUAUGGCCGCCUCUCUGACUCUGACUCAGCUCUCCAGUGGAAAUCCCAUUUAUGACAAAUACUAUCGACAGGUUGAUCCCAGAGGCAGCGGGAGAGUGGCAGCAGCUGACGCAGCUCUGUUCCUGAAGCGGUCGGGCCUGGCUGACCUGGUUCUGGGAAAGAUCUGGGAUCUGUCUGACUCUGAAAGGAAGGGUUCUCUCAACAAACAGCAAUUUUUUACCGCACUGCGCUUGGUGGCUUGUGCUCAGAAUGGCCUGGAGGUGGCACUCAAGAGCCUUAAUGUGGCUGUUCCACCCCCAAAAUUUCAGGAUACAAGCAGCCCGUUGUUAGCAGGGGGAUUGACCACCGAUCUUACCUGGGUUGUCAAGCCUGAAGAGAAGUUGAAGUUUGACUCCAUCUUUGACAGCCUUGGUCCAGUCGGGGGGAUGCUCACAGGAGACAAAGUCAAGCCUGUCCUGCUCAACUCGAAACUGCCAGUCGACAUUUUGGGCCGGGUGUGGGAGCUUAGUGACAUCGAUAGAGACGGCAUGUUGGACAAAGAUGAAUUCUCUGUGGCCAUGUAUCUGGUGUACAGAGCUCUGGAAGGAGAAACAGUUCCCGUGUCUCUCCCACCUCCCCUGGUUCCACCCUCCAAGAGGAAAAAAGCCUCGGUACCUCCAGUGAUGCCCUUGUUACCCUCGCCCCCCUCCGUCAAAGAUAGUCGUGCCUCCCAUGCUGGCUCUAAGACCAUGCCCCUCCCCCCUAAACCCGCCCCGACGCCAGCAGCUGCCCCUUGGGUGGUGUCGUCAGCGGACAAAGCCAAAUAUGACGAACUCUUCAGCAAGACAGACGGAGACAUGGAUGGGCUGGUGUCUGGACCUGAAGUCAGAGAUAUCUUUCUCAAAACGGGUCUGCCAUCUGCCACGCUCGCACGCAUCUGGGAGCUUUGUGACAUUGGCGACAUCGGAAAACUGACCCGAGAGCAGUUCACACUGGCGCUACAUCUGAUCAAUCAGAAGUUGACGAGAGGUCUGGACCCUCCACAGAGCCUCUCACCAGAGAUGAUCCCUCCCUCUGACAGACUAAAUAUCAAACAGAAUAAUAUGGCCAACCUGACAGCUGACUUCUCUGCCAUCAAGGAGCUGGACUCUCUUAGUAAUGAAAUUUUUGAACUACAAAGGGAGAAAACCACAGUGGAAGAAGAGAUCAAGGAGAAGGAGGAGGCCAUCAGCGAGCGCAGCAGCGAGGUCCAGGACUUGCAGGGUGAGGUGGCGAGAGAGAGUGAGGUGCUGCAGCAGCUCCAGACUCAGCGGCAGAAGGUGCAGGAGGCCUUGGAGGAGCUGGACCAACAGAAGGGCUCACUGGAAGAGCAGCUGGCCCACAUUCGCCAGCAGACUAACCAAGAGAGCCAACUGGUGGGUUUGGCAGAAGGCUAUUGUCACCUCCCUGAAAACCAAAAGAUUACAUCACUGCAGUUGGAGCAUGAGGAGCAGGAGCAGAGGAUAUGUCAGUACGAGGAGGAGCUGGUCCAGGCUCGAGAGGAACUUCUGGCUCUGCAGGAGGAGAGCAGGAAGCUGCAGGAGAAGGUCCAAGCUGCACAAGAGCAACUCACACCUCUGCAGGAGUCUGUACGGGACUCCUUCACACAAGUUGCCCAGGUCCAACACAAACUUAACGACCUUCAAGUGGAAGAGAGGUCGAUGGAAGCCCAGCUGAGCUGGAAGAGAGCUUUGGAAGAUGACUCUCCUGUCAUGGUCAAUGGAUCGGCAGGGCCCACACCACAGCUGCAACAUAGGGACCCCUUCCAGCAGGACCUCUUCCAGGACGACCAACCUAAAGAGCUGAAGGGCGAAGAGCCAGCUGCUGACUCAAACACUCAGAAAGAACUCUUAGAACAAACAGAGAAAGGAGUGAGCGAAGAAAAAGAGGAAGAGAAGGAGGAAGAGCGCCCCAAGACACCAGAAGAGGAAAAACUGAAGCCAGAUGCUUUGGAUGACCUCUACACUAGCCUAGCCUCCUCUGAGAAGUACAUAAAUCUGCCGACGCUCACCAAGCCACAGGAGAAAACUGUAAAUGAACACAAAAACCCCUCACCUGAUGUCUCCUCAGAAGUCCAAGAUCAUGCAGCAGAGUCACCUAAAACAAGCCCACAAAAGGUGGCAUCACCAGAGCCAGAGGUGAAACCGCAAGCUGCAGCCUCCUCAGAAGUCAUCCCGUCUUCAUUACCAGCACAACCUCUUCCUCAUUGCUCUGCGCUGCCCGCUACCAGCCAGCCCUCUCUGCCCGAGAUGGACUUCUUCCACUCUGACCCAUUUACAGAGCAUGAUCCAUUCAAGAAUGACCUGUUUGGAAAAACAGAUGCUGCUGGUGAGUUUGAGAAAGCAAACACCGAGUGCAUUGCAACCUCCAAAGUUGAACACACCCUGAUCCGUGACGCUGGUCCCGAAAGAAAUAAAAAUCUAUUUGGAGGAGAUCCUUUCAAAGGGUCAGACCCCUUCGCUGCAGACAAUUUCUUCACGCAAACCGCCAGCAACCACUUUUCCUCAGAUGACCCUUUUUCUGGCUCUGCUGACCCGUUUGGUACCACUACUUGUGCGCCAGACCCAGACCUGUUCCCAGCCAAGCGCAACGAUCCUGCCCCAGCAAUGGCAAUAAAACCAGACCCUUUCACCUCCCAGCCCACGAAUCCAAACGCACCAGCCACAGAUCCGUUCAGCUCUACGAGCAACGACACAACUGAAUCGGACCCGUUCGCUCACAAGAUGAACGCCACUGGUGAAGCAGAUCCAUUUGGUUCUCAGUACACUGGGACAGAUCCAUUUAGCACAUCUCCGCCCAGCGCUGGUCUGGCAUUGGACACCACAGCAGCCAGUGACCCUUUUGCUCCAGGUGGUACCACAGUGAGUGCCAACUCUGACCCUGAUCCAUUUGCUGCUGUGUUUGGGAAUGAAUCGUUCGGAGGGGGCUUUGCUGAUUUCAGUGCCCUGACAAAGUCAAAUGGCGCUGAUCAGUUUGGCGUCAACAACAAGAACCUGUUCCAGGAGGACAGCCAGUCUGCCAAUGCGGACGUUCCUCCGGCGCUGCCUCCCAAAACGGGUACGCCAACUAGACCUCCUCCUCCACCUCCAGGUAAGAGAUCCUCCCUCUCCAGAACAGAGUCCUCGGACUCCUUCCACCGACGUGGCCCCUUCCCUACACAGAACUCGGGAGAGUUCUCCUCCUCUUCCUCCUCCUCCUCCCUGCCUGCCAAGGAUCCCGUAGCUGACCCCUUCGCCCCCUCCUCCCCUACUCGUCAACACGUUCAGGAAGCUGACCGUUUUACCAGCUUUGACAAAUACCCAACGGAGGAAGACAUGAUUGAGUGGGCAAAGCGUGAGAGCGAGCGCGAGGAGAACGAGCGUCUGGCCAGGCUCACCCAGCAGGAACAAGAGGACCUGGAGUUGGCCAUCGCUCUCAGCAAGUCUGAACUCUCCUGAGGGGCUUCUUUCCCUCAUCCAUCACACCCCACCCAAAACCCCCCCGCCACUUUCCCCUCAGUCCGGCACAGCCAGACGUGGCCUGUUUAAGCACCAAAGCGUUAUGGGGACCCUGUAGGACUAAAUAGCGCGUUCUUGGUCUUAAGCAAUGUUGUCCUCAAGACUGUUUUAUCCAACCUGUCGUGAGGUCAGCAGUGGAGAUGAUGAACAGGGAAAACAGUGAUUUUGAGAUUCAUGUCCUUUUGUGACUUACUCCAGAAUAUAACUUAUUCUAAACCUGCACUCAGUUAUAGAGCUUUAUCCACUAACCUUACCCACUACAGUCCAUUUCAGACCAGCUGUUGCUUGUUUUGUGGAGGAUAUUAGCUGUAAAAACGUGUUAAAAAGUCAUCCAACUGGACUGCAGCAGCCUAUGUAAACAGUCAUUUUAUUUCUCCAAGCCCAAACCAGAUGACAACAAGCAGCCAUGAAGUGCAUGCAGGUUCUAACUAAACAUAGAAUAAUCAAACCACGUCCGGCAUGUAAGGCUAGCAUGGUUUAUCUGAGAGAAGCAUGACUCAAACUGCAUCCAAAUAAUGAUUGUGUUAUGAAAUGAGCAUUAAGAUUCAACACGAGUCUCUUUAUAUUUACAGAUGUAAACUAAAGUGUAACAUUUAAGAAUACAACUAUAUCAUUGUUGGCAUCUUUUUAAAAACUGUCAUAACUUGAAUUUUGAUUUAUUAUUUUUUAAAGAAAUCAGUAAAGGGUGCGCCUUUGAAGAUCGGUUUAGCGACAGUUGGGUCCUGUUCUUGAAGCCCCUCUGUGUCUGUGUUUGUUCAAAAGCGACAGCAGACUCCACUUGAACACUGCUUUCCUAACUUUGUACAGCAAAAUGGAACAAAUAAAUGCAUAGAUCGUACACAA